CUACCGAAUUAGGAGCUUUCGCAGUGUCAGCAGCGAUAGCAAGUCUUAAAAAAAAGGUUUCAAUCAAUUCAGUAUUCUUUGGAAAUGUUUUACAAACCGAUAAUACAGCUCUAUAUCUAGCUUGUCACAUAGGUUUCAAUUCA